GGCGGGAACCGUGCGCGGGACCGCCCCGCGUCCUAGCUGCCUCCCCGAACCUCCGCCGGAGCCGUCGCCGUUCCUCCGCGAGCCCCGGGCCGGGCCAGGCCGGGCCGGCAGCGCUCCCCUGCCACCUUCCUGCCGCCUCCCGCGCCCGUCCCGGCGGUGCUCGGUUACCGCGCGGUGAGCGGGCCGGAGGAGGGGAGCUCCGAUUAAAGUGGAGCCUCGGGUCAGCCAGAGGUGUGGCCCCCGAGCCCUCCUCCCCGUGUGGCUCGAUCUCCGAACCUCAGUUUCCCCAUCUGUAGGAGGGGCCGCCGAGGCUCGCCUCACAGGACGCCGUGCUUUCCUGAGACGGCGGUUUCCACCUCCACGGGAGCUGUCAUGGCAUUCCCUCACCUGCAGCAGCCCAGCUUCCUACUGUGCACCCUCUGGAGCCAACAGAUCUGCCCCAUGGCCUGAACAGCUCAGGUCUCCGCCUCUGCCUGAGCUCUGUGGACUCUGCCCCCAUUAGCAAGUGGACAAACCCUCUUGGUUAAAAUUCUGGCAUUUCCUCCGGAUGUUUAUCCAUUUGCAUGGAGGCUUCUUUUCUUCGUGGAGUCAGGACACAUAGUGCUUUCCUGCGCCCCGUGACCUCAGGCUAGCCUGAAAGCUGACUCUGUAAAUAAACCCUUUGCUCAGCGCUGCCAAGACUUGGUUAAAGUCAUUGAAGAUUUUCCAGCAAAGGAGCUGCAGACCAUCUUCCCAUGGCUGGUAGAGAGCAUCUUCGGCAGCUUGGAUGGCGUCCUCGUUGGCUGGAACCUCCGCUGCUUACAGGGACGUGUGAGCCCUGUAGAGUACAGCAUUGUGAUGGAAUUUCUAGACCCUGGUGGCCCGAUGAUGAAGCUGGUCUAUAAACUGCAAGCUGAAGACUAUAAGUUUGAUUUUCCGGUCUCCUACCUGCCUGGUCCCGUGAAGGCCUCCAUCCAGGAGCGCGUGCUCCCAGACAGCCCUCUGUACCACAACAAGGUCCAGUUUCCCCCGCCUGGGGGCCUCGGUCUGAACCUGGCUCUCAGUCCGUUUGAGUAUUACCUGUUCUUCUUUGCGUUGAGCCUCAUCACUCAGAAGCCACUCCCCGGAGCCCUGCACAUUCGUACUUCAGACUGUGCCUAUUUCAUCCUGGUGGACAGGUACCUCUCAUGGUUUCUGCCCACAGAAGGCAAUGUGCUCCCCCUACUCUCCUCCAGUCCGGGGGCGCCCAGCCCCUCACCAGCUCCCAGGACGCCAGCCAUGCCUUUUGCUUCCUAUGGCCUCCACCACACCAGCCUCCUGAAGCGACACAUCUCUCAUCAGACAUCUGUGAAUGCAGACCCUGCCUCCCAUGAGAUCUGGAGGUCAGAAACUCUGCUCCAGGUUUUUGUUGAAAUGUGGCUUCAUCAUUAUUCCUUGGAGAUGUACCAAAAAAUGCAGUCCCCUCAUGCCAAGCUGGAGGUUCUGCACUACCGACUCAGUGUCUCCAGCGCCCUCCACAGCCCUGCCCAACCCAGCCUCCAGGCCCUCCACGCCUACCAAGUACUGGCCGCUCUCGUUUUGUUCCUUUUCACGCCUGCCCGUGGUGUAAGCCACAGAGCUAACGUCAGUGCAGUGGAGCCGUUCAUGCCCACGGAGGAGCAUGUGCUGGUGGUGCGUCUGCUGCUGAAGCACCUGCACGCCUUCUCCCACAGCCUGAAGGCCGAGCAGCUCUCUCCCUCCGCCCACUCCCACGCCGCCAGCCCCUUGGAGGAGUUCAAACGGGCCGCUGUCCCGAGGUUUGUCCAGCAGAAGCUCUACCUCUUCCUGCAGCACUGCUUCGGCCACUGGCCCCUGGACGCGUCGUUCAGAGCCGUUCUGGAGAUGUGGCUGAGCUACCUGCAGCCCUGGAGGUAUGCGCCUGAGAAGCAGGCUCAGAGCAGUGACUCCCAGGCCCGGUGUGUGUCGGAGAGAUGGGCACCCUUCGUGCAGGAGAACCUGCUGAUGUACACCAAGCUCUUUGUGGGCUUCCUGAGUCGUGCACUCCGCACUGACCUGGUCAGCCCCAAGAACGCACUCAUGGUCUUCCGAGUGGCCAAAGUCUUUGCCCAGCCCAACCUGGCUGAAAUGAUCCAGAAAGGCGAGCAGCUGUUCCUGGAGCCCGAGCUGGUCAUCCCCCACCGCCAACACCGCCUCCUCGCAGCUCCCCCAUUCACCAGUAGCUUCCUGUCGUCAUGGCCGCCUGCUGUCACCGACAACUCUUUCAAGGUGAAGAGCCACGUCUACGGCCUGGAGGGCCAGGACUGCAAGUACACCCCGAUGUUUGGGCCCGAGGUCCGGACACUGGUCUUGCGCCUUGCUCAGCUCAUCACGCAGGCCAAGCAGACUGCCAAGUGCCUCUCUGACCAGUGUGGGGAGAGCGCAGCAGCCCGGCCCUUUCUGUCAUGGUUGGGCUUCUGCCCCACAGACACAAAUGGCUCCUAUGCAGCCAACGACCUGGAUGAAUUGGGACAAGACAGUGUCCGCAAGACGGAUGAGUACCUGGAGAAGGCCCUGGAGUACCUGUGCCAGAUGUUCCGACUCAGCGAGGCCCAGCUCGCCCAGCUCACACUUGCCUUGGGGACAACUCAGGAUGAGAAUGGAAAGAAGCAGCUCCCAGACUGCAUUGUGGGGGAGGACGGACUCAUCCUCACGCCCCUGGGCCGAUACCAGAUCAUCAACGGGCUGCGCAAGUUUGACAUCGAGUACCAGGGGGACGCGGAGUUGCAGCCCAUCCGGAGCUAUGAGAUUGCCAGCCUGGUCCGCCUGCUCUUCCGGCUGUCCUCCGCCAUCAACUGCAGGUUCGCAGGCCAGAUGGCAGCCCUGUGUUCCCGGGCCGACUUCCUCGGCAGCUUCUGUCGCUACCACCUCACGGAGCCCGGGCUGGCAGACAGGCACCUGCUGAGCCCUGUGCAGCGGGGGCGCACGGCUAGCCGUGCCCAGGGCCCCAGGCUCAGCCUGCGCUUCCUGGGCAGCUAUCGGACGCUGCUGUCGCUGCUGCUGGCCUUCUUUGUGGCCUCUCUCUUCUGCAUCGGGCCCCUGCCCUGCACUCUCCUCCUCGUGCUGGGCUACCUCCUCUACGCCGUGGCCAUGACGCUGCUGACCGAGCGGGGCAAGCUGCACCACCUCUGACCGUGGGCUGGCCGUGUCCCUGGGCAAGUCAGUGGGAUGGCCUCACGGCCCUUCCCUUAGACCAGGAAGGCCACCUCCGAGCCUGAGCCCAGUUGCCUUUGAGCUUCUAGGGGGUGUUUUCCUACAGCUUGGGAACCAUCCGGAAGAACCUGAAAUGAGAGGUACGCGGCAUCAAAGGGUCACAAGUCACCUAGCCACUGGGCCCUCCCUCCUUCCGUAAGCUGGAGGCCCCGCAGUGCGGUGGCUCUCGAGGCCUUUCCCUUCUUCAGCCAUUUGAGGGUUUAGCCGUGUGAAGCGCAGGAGUCAGGGUGUCCCUGGGAGGGGCUUUGGCCUCUGCCCUCGCUGUCCUUGAGGUAGGCAGUGUGUGGCGAGUCUCCUCUCCCCCCGGGACACCAGGACAGUAGCUCAGCCUCCGGCUUCAGGAAAGAAUCAAAGACCCUAAAAGCGAUUGGUGAGGAAAUUAGAUGACAGUUCUCUGAUUCCUAAUUUUAAAGCUACCUUUUGCCACAUUUGGCAAAGCGAGGGACAUUUUCCUUCGUGUUCUCCCCGCCAUCCUGAGGCUCGGCCGUGUGAUUUUGCAUUGAAGGAGAAAAGAUCCUCCAGGAGCCCAGAUGCUUAAGGAACAGUGCUUCCCCUCUGGCUCCCUUCCAGCCCCCGAGCCAUCGAGUACGGUGCACAGCGGCUGCCUGGCACCACCACCUGGUCCGGGUUGGGCUCUCAUCCCUGUGGGCGGAGGGGAGGCGGUGGGGCCGCCGAGUGGGGCAUCUGGUCUACAACCAAAGACGAUCAAAAGCAUUUGUAUCUUCAAUAAAAUAAAGUGCUCAGAGACGCA